AUGCCUGGUCAAAUCGCUGCACCUAUCCCGGUUACGCCGCCGCGUAAGAACAUCCGUCUCAACUCUUCUACGGAUUUCUUCGCUAGUCUAAAUGCCACUCUUGCUUCUAAAGAGAGCAAACAAGUUACCCCUAUCCGUUCGAUUCAAGAGCAAGACUGGGAUGUACCGGCGCCUCCGCCGCCUAGCCCAGGUCUUUUGACCGCGACGCGUCUAAGCUAG